AUGGCUGCGAGGUUUGUAAGUGUUUUGUUGAGGGAGUCCCUACAACUGCAGGGCGCUCGAAGACGCGACCUGGAACGAGCAAGCAGAGGGGACACUUCCAACGACCAGGUACUGGAGCUGCUGUUGAACAUCUUCUUGGUAUCCGAAGUCUUCGUGCAGAUCCUUGCCACGGGUGUCGGCACUAUCGCCUUCAUAUGGGCCACCGUCGCCUUGCUUGGGGGCUUCUCCACUUUUCUACAUAAAGUUGAUUUCUGGGUAAUCACGGGCAUCGUCUUCGUCCAGGUUGCCAAGUAA